ACCGGAUUUCUAACGAAACAUCGCAACAAAUGCUGUGACCAGAAGUGAGGGAGCAACUCCAUCAGCAAACGAGAACAGAACUGUGACAAUUACUGAUUUGUAUACACGUACACUUGAUUACGAGUUACCAGCAGGUCGUAAGAGGAUGGCAGUACAGGCAACGACAAAAUCUAGUGUGUAUACAUCAAAGGGAGAACGUGAACACACCUGGAACGAUGCAUAUAUUGGUGCAUAGCUAGCUCAACGUUUCAAUAGAAAGUGUUGAUUGAUGACAACAGAUGAUCCCCUCAAUGCGUUACGUCGCCGCCCGCGUUAUUAUCUAAGGGAGACAACAGACGUUGAUCAGACGGAGUGCUUUCCCUUGGUGGAUUGCGCGCCUUAUUACCGCAUCCCGCACCCCGCACGCAACGGGUAGGCUUUCUCCAUCUCUGUGUAAGACAGGCUUUCCUACUGAGCAGAGUUCUGCCCAUUUCAUCCGGUGCAGGACAUCAGUGGUGUGAGAAGAUAAAGCAAAGGGUUGCCCUGUCUUGAGUGGGUGGUGUGUAGGCAGGUGUUGGCCACAUGCCAGAUAUUAACAUUUCCUGCAUUUUUCAGCUUUCUCAUUUGCCGACAAGAUCUUUUCUGUGGGGACCUUUGUAGACUCGUUUACUUGUGAACAUGCCUGGAUAAUGUACUUGCAGGAUAGACACAGCCUUGAGUGGCAUCUCACAUCUGGCAUUGCGGUCGUCAGUUCGUGAUGAUGAUGGAAUUGACCAGUUGCAUCACUUUGUCACUGUCACCAUGCUUGCAUUCUUUGCAGCAAUUGCAGGCUUCAAAGAGUAUGCCAGUGAACCCAUUAACUGCUGGAACUAUGGAAAUUACCUCCUCCAGCAUUAUCAGCAACAUGUCAACAGCUUUUGCUGGACACAUAGUCUUUACCAGUACCCAAACCAGAGCAACCUGAACAUCACGCCCUAUGAACUGAACUCACUUGGUGGAGCAAAGCCUGAUUCUGUGGUACGGGAGGAGGACUUCGACAAGAUCACCUUCUACCGCUGGGUCACAGUUGUCUUUUUGCUGCAGGCAUUUCUCUUCAAGUUUCCUAACCUGGUGUGGAGGGAGUUCAACUCCUACUCUGGCAGCAACAUCGUCAAGAUGGUUGAGAUGCUGCAGGGAGUUCUGUUUGCAAAGACAGAGGAGAAGGCAGAAAAGUUGCAGCAGGUGGCUCUGUUCCUGGAACAGUGGCUCCGCAUCCACCGCAAGCCUCGCUGGUUUUUGAAACACGGGGCUUCGUUGCCGUACAUGAAGAAGACCAUCUCCUGCUGCAUGAUGUGUAUUGGCACAGAUACAAGCAACUACCUCUCCACCCUCUACCUUGUGGUCAAGGCUCUCUUCCUCUUCAAUAACCUCAUGCAGUUUUUCAUUCUUUCUGGAUUUCUCCACAUCAACUUUUGGAAUUAUGGUGUGCAGGCCCUUGGUAGCUACUCAACUGGAUCUUCUGAUGUAUUUAGCAACACCAUCUUUCCCAUAGUAGCCCUGUGUCAUUUUCAAACCUAUGAUAACUAUCAAGCUAAAGGGAUAUGGGUUCAGUGUAUCCUAACCAUCAACAUGUUCCUGGAGAAACUGUUCCUGAUUGAGUGGCUGUGGCUUCUGAUUAUGCUAGUAGUGACCAUCAUCAGUUUCUCUGCGUGGUGCUACAAGAUUCUGCAGACACAGGCAGCCUUGAAAUUUGUCGAGAGUUACUUGCGUCUAAUGCAGUUUUAUAGCGAGCCAGUGCAUGUACCAAAGACCUGCACAGUAGAGCAGUUUGUUACCGAGUACCUACGCAGCGAUGGAAUAUUUGUUCUUCGAAUCCUUGCUGUCAACACCGAUGAGGUGGUUGUGUCACAGCUGGUGGAGGAGUUGUGGAAAAGAUAUAUCAAGUUCAAACUAGCUGAGAAUGGGCAUUUACAAGAGGCUUCACAACAAGCAGAAACAACUUUCAGCCAUGACAGUAAAGAGGCGGCAGACAAGACCACAGAGGCAGGUGCCGGAGUCGGUGUGAUAUCGGAGUAGGGAUGACCGGAGCCGCGGAGAGGAGGAAGAGCGACAGAGAGCUGACUCCGGCACACGUGUGACGUCACCAAGUCCGUUGUUCAUCGUCGCUGCAGUCGUAACGAAGUUCUCGUCUCCUCGACAUCGAUGUCUACAGAUCACACCGGCUUGUUCUCAGCUACAUUGCACUUGUCUUCUGUUCCCACGGCAACUCGCGGUCUGUUUCCUGUCCUCACCCCAUAACCACCUGGCGAGUCAGGGUAAGGUGUGUGUUGGGGAGAGGGGGCAUUGUGAUACAGUUCACCUUAAAAAAAUUGUGAAAUUAAUGGUUACGCGCCAGUUGCCGUCAGAACAAAAACAAAAAAUAAUUUCCUUAUGAUCAUUUUUAUGAUGAAGAUUACGUGAAAUGUUCCGUGUGGUAAUGCCGCCAUUUCGGGAAAGGAGCUGCGGCCCGACAAACAAGUGUAGGAGGCACAAGACCCCAGGAGCCGUGAGAUAAGAGUCGGCCUGUAGACAGGUCUGGUGAUGAACUCACUCGCCUCACUGAGUUUGAGUGGCAAGCGCGAUGCACGGACACGCCCUGUUGCGCCUGCGUUGGCAGCUCAGCCAGGAAAGCCAGUGUUACAGCACGGAUGUGUGUAGGUGGACUGCUGUCUGUCUGCCAACACCAACCCUUAGCCUCUUGCCAAGUUCUCCGCUGUUAGUCUCGGCGAGCCUAAACAAAGAAUGACUAAAACCGUUUUACUAGUUAACUGGAAAAAAAUCGUCUGCCAGCAGUCCAGUAAAAUAAGUUAGUGGUUAUAGGGCUGCUGAUGUUCUGAUGCUAUUGCUGCUGCUGUUGCUGUUGCUAUUGCUGCUGGUGUUCUGAUGCUAUUGCUGCUGUUGUUGCUGUUGCUAUUGCUGCUGGUGUUCUGAUGCUGUUGCUGCUGCUGUUCUGUUGCUGUUGCUGAUAAUGUGCUGCUGCUGCUCAUGUUGCUGUUGCUGUUGCUUACUGUUUCCAGCCAGAAGUAGACAUUUUUUUUAAGGCAAUCGUUUCUCGUGAAGGUUUCUGGCUGAAAAUGAGCGUUUUGCCCAGUUGACAGGCGGCCACCGUUACUCACACACGUUUGAUAUUCUCGUCUUUGUCUUUGAUAUCUACCGCAUGACUAAGGUGUCAGAACUCAGCCUCUUGCCCAACUCAUAGCACUUAGAACUUUAGGGCUGUGCAUGAAACCGUGCAUAAUGUUUGUUUCCGGGCUUAUGGUUUAUUUAUAAAAUAUUGUUUAUAUGUUUACAAAGAAAGAUACGAGAUUAGUAACAUGAAGGGUCCGUUUGGCUCAUUUAUAAAGUAUGUGAUCUGAGUUUUAUAAAAGUUUGUCUGUUUAAAACUGUGCUUUAAUAUAUAAGCUGAAUUAUUAUUAUUAUAUUUAUGUAGUGCAAUAUUCCCAUGCAUGUACUGUUGUUGACAGCAGUAGACAUUAUUUUUACCGUUUUUACAAUUUUAAAUACCAGUCACAUGGCACGCCGGCACGUCCUUCAGGUUUGGGUAAGCCAGGCGAAAUAACAGUCGCAAUAUUUCUUCCUUUUAAAUUAUUUUAAUUAAUGAUCUAGUCUGUACACGAAAAUAGACAAAAUGAUUCUUUACACAAAUUAUUAUCCCCGAAUGUUUUGUAAUUUUGUGGAAAUCUGGAAAUUUCUGAAAAAAGCUUUGGUAUCGUUCUGCGCUUUCAAUUUUAACUUAUAAUUUUUAUGACAAAAUCAAAGUUUUAAAAUGUUAUUUACAAUAUUAUAUUGCAGCGUAUUAAUAUCCAUAUUUCAAUAUGUUACAAUGAGUUUUAAUUAAACUUGUUUGAUAUCUGCUUUUAAAAAGUGCGAUUAUUUGAGCUUUCAUGUUCUAUACAAGACCCGUUGAUGACAAAGUUGACAGUUUAGCCCAGUGGCAUGGCAGCUUGCACCUCGACUGUCAACAUGUUUGUGUUUGUGUUGCUAUGUGACCGCACACUUCUCGUUUAGUCGUCGCCUUUCAUCGUUACCGAAGUCAUAGCUCUUCUAGUUUCUUAUCGGAAACUGGGGAAUAGGUGAUACAUGUGUGGGAUGGGAGGACGGGAGGAGUGAUGACGAUUAACGGUGUUGCCCUCACUCACCAGGAGCAUCAUUCGGUAGAUUUCAUGUUUAUUCUGUUAAAGGAGUUUAUGGUUUGGGGGUUUACUUUGUGUGUUUAUCACGACGAACAGGGAGAUGUAAACAUGAUAUUGCUCGACUCACGAUGGAGUCACUUAGAGGGGAAGGUUUGUUAUUAGUGUGUUGGUAAGACAGACAUUUGUUGUCACAGACAGCCUCAGUACCCAAUGUAGUUUUGUACAAAUAAACUAUAAUUACAGCAGCUGUUACUUAUUGUAUCGACUUUGUUAUCUACACACCGCCUUUAGUCUCAGAAAUGUCAACAAUUGUGACAUGUUUGUACUGCAGUAAAUAUGAUAUUAUGGGAUAGCUAUGGCUGUCAGUGUCAAUGAGUUUUCUUACUUCAUUGUCAUACAUUUCUGUCUCUCCGGUGCUGGAUUUUUGUUUUAAUUUACAGGUAUGUAUAAAUAUCCUGUACAAUAUAUAACGGACAACUUUAAACACAACACUUGUUGGAGUAUAUUAUCUCAAUGUAUUAGUGUUAUCUCAAUGUAUUAGUGUAUUAUCUCAAUGUAUUAGUGUGUUAUCUCAAUGUAUUAGUGUAUUAUCUCAAUGUAUUAGUGUGUUAUCUCAAUGUAUUAGUGUAUUAUCUCAGUGUAUUAGUGUAUUAUCUGUGUAUUAGUGUUAUCUCAAUGUAUUAGUGUUAUCUCAAUGUAUUAGUGUUAUCUCAAUGUAUUAGUGUAUAAUCUCAGUGUAUUAGUGUAUUAUCUCAAUGUAUUAGUGUAUUAUCUCAGUGUAUUUAUGUAUUUAAUGGGGGAGUCUGUCCUCAUAUUUUGAUUUAAUCAAGAAAGAAGUUUUUACACUUUCGUCGGUUGUGUCUCAUUGUUGAAACAUCAUUCCUUGCUAUUUGCGGAAUUCAUGCGAAAAGUAAAUAAAGAAAAAAAAAAAUUCA